AUGGCUCCAAUAACCUUCAAGAACCCCUUUACGGGAAGCACUCACCAGACCAGACGAAGUGCCUCGGAAGAGGGGGAGGAGACCACCGCCCCCGGUAUAUCUCCAUCAUCAUUAUCAUCGCUACCCCGACGACGCUCUGCGCUCACGGGGGAUAAGUCUACCAGGCCGAUCUCUGGGAGAGUGUCUCCCCGCUCUGGAGGAGGAGACAAGGCCGCUGGGGAUGGACCUCGAAAGGACGACGAGGACAUGGCCUCCGAGGACUCACAGCGUAACUCUUUCCCCUGGUAUGAGAAGGGCGAGAGUAGUCGCAUGGCGGCUGAGCGCGUGCAGAAGGAGCGCGCGAGGGCUGGGCUGCCGCCGCUUGUGUUUUCUGACGAGGAGGGGGGCCCGUCGUCGGCACGAGCAGCAGCCUUGACACCAUCACCGCCACCACAGCAGCAGCAGGGAUCGCCGAGAGGCAGACGGAGAACCUCGCGGUUGCGGUCGAGCCAGGGGACGCUCGAGGGGAGCGACGAGGGCGGCGAGCUGAGCGGGGCGACGACGCUGGCUGGGUCGUUUAAUGAGCGCGCCUCGGCCCUGGAGGUGCAGGACAAGGGCAAGAAGAAGUGGGAUUAUGGUGAGGGGCAGCAGGGGAAGAAGGGCCAGGAUGAGACGCGGACGAAAGGCGCAGAGGAGGCGGAGGAUAGGCCAGCGUCGUCACCACCACCACCACCGCCGAGCCAUACGAAGCGGUGUAUGUUGAAGAGUGUGUUCGAGCGCGUGGGCAGGGCGUUGCUGUUCAAGAAAAACAAGGGCAAGGGCAGUGCUUUGGGCUGCUGUUCGAGGCAGAAGAAGUCGUGGGAGGUGGUGAAGAACAAGGUGAAGUUUCCCGAGGCGUGGUGGAGGGCUGGGUGGUUGAAGAAGUGA